CUUUUUCUUGGAGGGACUGACAAUAACACCCUUUCUUCAACUGACUAUACCUUCCUAAUUCUAGUUAUUUCCCUUUGCAUGUCUCUGUCUACCCUGGACAUUUGAGCCCUUGGCUCAAGGUGUUGUAUGGCUGAUUGACAGGGUGGUAAACGUUUUCGAGUCACCAUGGCAUUGGGUGCGGUGUGGAGCCGCGUUAAGAAUGUGUGCCAACAGAAUGGCCUCCUCAUCUUGUCAGUGCUGGCCGUGGUUAUUGGAUGCCUGCUGGGCUUCUUCCUUCGCUCCAAACACCUCUCUGAGCAGGAGGUGAAGUACUUCCAGUUCCCAGGAGAGCUGCUGAUGCGGAUGUUGAAGAUGCUCAUCCUGCCUCUGGUGGUCUCCAGUUUGAUGUCUGGUCUGGCAGCACUGGACGCUAAGUGCUCCAGUCGACUGGGCAUCAUGACUAUCUCGUAUUAUCUGUGGACAACAUUUGUGGCCGUAGUGGUGGGCAUCGUCAUGGUCAUCAUUAUCCACCCAGGUGGAGCGGCACAGAAGGAGGACUCAGAGGACAGUGGCAAACCCAUCAUGAGCUCAGCUGAUGCUCUACUGGACCUUAUCCGCAACAUGUUUCCAGCCAACUUGGUCCAAGCAACUUUUCAACAAUAUCGUACCAAGAGCAUCCCUAUCAUGAAGCCAAAACCGACCAUCAGUCAGGACAUACUGGAGACCUCCACCAGAAGGGUCUUCAUUUAUGGAAUCCAGGACGACAACGGUACAGACGUCCAAAACUUCUCCCUUGACUUGACGCCUCUUCCUGAUGUGGUCUUUAGAACGCUUCCCGGCACCAGCGAGGGCAUGAACGUGCUUGGAAUCGUCAUCUUCUCAGCUACCAUGGGGAUCAUGCUUGGAAGAAUGGGACCAAACGGCAGUGCUCUGGUCAACUUCUGCCAAAGUCUAAAUGAAGCUGUGUUGAAAAUUGUAGCCAUUGUUAUAUGGUACUUCCCAUUUGGUAUUGUGUUCCUGGUAGCUGGAAAAAUCUUGGAAAUGGAUGACCCCUCGGCCAUGGGAAAGAAACUGGGCUUCUACGCCAUCACUGUGGUCAUGGGGCUGGUGCUUCAUGGCCUGUUCAUCCUGCCUGCCAUGUACUUCUUCAUCACUAAAAAGAGCCCCAUCGUCUACAUUCGAGGCAUUUUACAGGCCCUGCUCAUCUCAUUAGCCACUUCAUCCAGCUCAGCCACGCUGCCUAUCACCUUCAAGUGCCUCCUGGAGAACAAUCACAUUGACAGGCGUAUUAUUCGCUUUGUACUUCCUGUGGGUGCCACUAUCAACAUGGAUGGCACUGCCUUAUAUGAAGCUGUAGCAGCCAUCUUUAUCGCUCAGGUUAAUAACUACGAACUGGACUUUGGGCAGAUCAUCACCAUCAGUAUCACAGCAACAGCGGCCAGCAUCGGUGCUGCCGGCAUCCCACAGGCUGGGCUGGUAACCAUGGUGAUAGUGUUAACUUCAGUGGGACUUCCCACAGAUGACAUCACUCUGAUUAUUGCUGUGGAUUGGGCCCUGGAUCGGUUCAGGACAAUGGUGAAUGUGAUGGGUGAUGCUCUGGCUACAGGAAUCAUGGCACACAUAUGUAGAAAAGACUUUAUAAAAGAGGGUGAAGAGAUCCCUCUCAUUUGUGAGACCAAACCAAUGAUCAGCAUCCAGCAGAUGAUGGCCUACCAGAAAAACGGCUGUUUCCAGCCCCGUCCUCCAGGUCCUAGGAGGACACCCGAGCACCACUCGCCAGAUGUGGCCCGUCUCAUGCAGCUGGAAGAGGGCAUCAGGCCCACUGAGAAUAAGUCCCCUCACCUGUCUCCACACCAUUACAAACGAGAACACAAAGACAAAGCCAAAGAGCACUGUACCAUUGACAUGAACGGUCUGGAGACCAAUGUUUAGAAACCCCAGUAGUGUGUGACUGGUGCACAUACACAAAAAAAGACCAAGAGCUGCAAGAUGCCAGUCGUUGUCUGGAUUUUCAGCAUGUGUGUGAAUAUUUAAGUGAACUUUGCAGGUUCAAAGGGACUUUCAAGUAAGGAGGCUGAUGUGGUAGGGCAUCCCCGGAUCUUUGGACCUACUAAGGGGAUUUGCUAACCCCAUCCCUAUCCAUUUCCUUUAUAUACCACAGAACAGAUGCUGAGCUACACGAGUAAGUGUGUGGAGACAGAUCAGAAUACAUAAGAGUACUUUCAGCAGGAGAGAUCACACACUCUUUUCUGAAGCAAUCAUCUUGGUCAUGGACAGCUCAUCUAUGGAAAGUGGAUAUGUGUUGGUUUAUUUAAUUUGUCAUUUUUUUCAUUUGCUGCUGAGUUGUCUUUGUUUUCGUUUUUUCUUUAUAGUUUUUCUAAAAAACUUUCUCUUUCUAAGUCCUCUUUUUCAAUACCAGGGAGAAAAUAAAUUGUCGCCUGAUGAAGAUUUAACAAAUACAGUGACCACAAUAUGUAUUUGGACACUUA